AUGCACUCCUUGACCCAGCAAGUCCUCCGAAGCCAUCAUAAGCUAUACCUUGCUGCCUUGCUUAAUCGCCGAAACGGAAACUACAAGCUCAUCGCUUACCCGGAACCCCCUCAGCUCCUUAGAUGCAAUAAUAAUGCCCGAGUGAUUACGACCAAACACGACGCUAACACCAAACGAUCCGUAAACCGUAGUUCACGAGUGGAAGACAGAGUUUUAGACUACCACUUAAUGCUUUACGGCGUAAACAAUCAGAUCGGAAGCUUAAUCAUAAAUCUCGCUACCUUUAUGUCCGUUAUCACGAAACAAAGAUUUGCUGUUAUUCUAGAUGUUAAAGCCAAGACUUACGGAGCCAAGUCCUUUUCCAAGGGCAAGAGCCGCCGAGCUGACGACCCUGUAGACGCCGAUAAGUUGAAGGAUUUUAAAAAGAGCUUGCGACCGAUUGAGUUGUCUUUUAACGACUCCGAUUUAAGUCCGGAAUCUUUAAACCGCGCAUUCGAUAAGGCUAUAGAAGCUUUAGCUGACUUGCUUGAAGACGAGGACGACUCGACUAGUGGCUCUAGACCUUACUUUAGCUUCGCUGACCCUCCGUCGGCCAAGUUCACACCUAUCAACGAUGCUACCAACAAGCGCAAGAACGACACGCGCUCCUUCACUCUUAAGGAUGCUGCUACUAGCACUUCAUCAUCUAAUGCUGGCCUAGCCAAGAGAAGAAGACCCUCCCAGCCUGAGGAGAACGAAAGAGUUAAGGACGUAAGCACGGAAAGAGACCAUGAGGAAGCUGCCGAAGCGUAG